CUCUCAGCGCUGAGGGGAGGAUUAGCGUUAGCGGUGGCGGCUGAGCUCCAGCGCCUCCUCUCAGACUCACCAAUGAGCCGCUGCUGUGCUCUUCAUAUUUAGGAGCCCCGUCCGGUCAGCAUCGUUAUUCGUCCACCCAGUCAGCCGUUACACAUCUGCAUUUCAUGGACUUCAAAGUUGGACACCUUGUGGUGAGCCAUGCUUCCCCCGCCAGCACUUCUGCUUCUUUUCGUUUUUGCAGCUCUCACCAAACAGGGCUUUUCUGGAGCACUAACAGGACAAAAGAAGGCUCAAGUUACAAACAACUCCGGAGUGACACCCGAGGGUCUGUGCGGUGCCUGGGUUAAAGAACCUGAUGGAGGAUAUUUCACAUCCCCUAACUAUCCUGAUAAAUACCCUCCUGAUAGAGAAUGCACAUAUAUAAUAGAAGCUUCUCCAAGACAGUGCAUCGACUUGUACUUUGAUGAAAAGUACUCCAUAGAGCCAUCGUGGGAGUGCAAGUUUGACCACAUUGAAGUUAGAGACGGCCCUUUUAGCUUUUCUCCCAUCAUCGGGCGAUACUGCGGCCAGCAGAGCCCUAUGUAUGUCAGGUCCAGCGGGCGAUACCUAUGGAUUAAGUUUGUUGCGGACAGUGAGCUGGAGGCCAUUGGAUUUUCCGCAAGGUACAAUUUCACUCAAGAUCCUGAUUUUAAAGAUUCUUCAAUCCCUCUGGCUCUACCAUUGUGUGAGUUUGAAAUGAGCGGGCCCGAGGGCAUUGUCGAGUCUGUAAUGGUGUCAAAAGAGGGCAGGGCUCUGCAGACAGAGGCCAUUGACUGCAGGUGGUUCAUCCGAGCCCCUCCUGGCUCAAAGAUAUACUUACGCUUCCUGGAGUACGAGAUGCAGAACUCGAAUGAAUGCAAGCGUAACUUUGUGGCUGUCUAUGACGGCAGCAGCUCAGUGGAGCACCUGAAGAAUAAGUUCUGCAGCACAGUGGCUAACGACGUCAUGUUGCUCACUUCGGUUGGCGUCAUCCGCAUGUGGGCCGACGAGGGCAGCCGCAAGAGCCGUUUCCGCAUCCUCUUCACUACCUUCCAAGAGCCUCCAUGUGAAGGAGACGCGUUCUUCUGCCACAGCAACAUGUGUAUCAACCACACGCUAGUGUGCAAUGGUAUACAGAACUGUGUCUAUCCAUGGGAUGAGAACGGAUGCAAAGAGAAAAGGAAGGCCACCAUCUUGGAACACCUAGACAAUACCAACAUGACCAUAAUCGCGAUCACCUGUGGAGUGGUCCUCAUUCUGCUGACCGUGUCAAUCAUCAUCCAGAUCAGGCAGCCACGAAAGAAGUACAUCAUAAGGCGAGAUGACUUUGACCCCGCCCUCCUUCAUGAGGCUUUUGAGCCACCCCAUUACGAGUUGUGUGCACUGCGGCGGGCAGCAUCAGCCGAGGGCGAGGCCCUACCCGAGGACUUCCCCAAGCUGCAGCGCUCCUCCUCCAAGUGCGUCCAUGGGCACCACUGUGGCUCGCAGGCGUCCAGCGUGCGAGGUAGCCGCAGCGACCUGAGCAUGCGGGACGCUGCCGCCAUCCUCUCCGAGAUGCAGGCAGUGGCACCACAGCCUCCUCCCCUCCAGCAUCACACCCUCCCCGGUGGACGCAGGAACAUUGUGGUGAUGAAGCACAGCUACUCACAAGACGGCGCAGAGGUGUGCGAACUGGACGACGACCUUGAGGACGGGCCUACCACCAGCCACGGCCACGGGAGAAUGGGGAUGGACAGGACUGUGCACCGAUCGGUAUCUAAUGACUUCUGACAGAGACUUUUAUGGCUCAUGCACAUUACAUUGACCAUGGAAGAAGACCCCAAUUAUCUGCACAUCAAUUAGUUUUGCAUUUUAUGUUGAGAAAACCAUGAAAGAAACCCCCAAAAAAAUCCAUUAGCAUUAUCUAUAAGCAGUACAUUUGUUUUGUAUUCUUCAACUGGCGUGUGUCUCUGUCCAAUACUGUAUAUAUUGUGUGAGAUGUGAUGGAACUUAUGCACUUUGGAUUCACUUUGGACUGGUGGAGUCUUGUCUCCCAAGCACU